AUGAAGUCACACAGAGCUUCUAUCAUAAUCGUCGGCACUGGCGUCGGUGGACUGGCUGCAGCAAAGACCUACUUGGAAUUAGACCCUGAAGCCGAUAUCUUGCUUCUUGAGAAGCGAUCAGGUCUGGGUGGAGUCUGGGCUGAAGAAAACUGCUACGAUGGCCUCAAGACCAAUAACCUACGAGGCACCUACGAGUUCACUGAUUUCCCCCUCGAUGAUAGCUAUGGCGUCAAGGACGGCGAGCAUAUCCCAGGUCUUGUUCUCUACAGGUACAUGACCGAUUUUGCAGUUAAAUUCGACGUCUUUCGUCGUAUUCGCUUCAAUGUCAACAUCCACAUGAUCGAAAAGCUAGACAAAGGCGGCUGGGAGCUCGUUGGCGAGGACAAUACCGCUGCCGAAAAGCCCGUCCCAGUGUCAUAUCGCUGCGAGAAACUCAUUAUGUGCACUGGUCUUGCAUCCACCCCAAACCCUGUGUCAUAUCCAGGUCGUGAAGCUUUUGGCAAGCCAGUCCUCAACCACGGCCAACUCAAGGUUGAGGCACACGAGGUAGCAUCAGAUCCCAACGUCAUGUCCGUCACAAUUGUUGGGGCCUCAAAGACGGGAUAUGAUGCGGUACAACUCAUGGCUUCUCGUGGUAAGAAGGUGACCUGGGUCAUUCGCGAGUCUGGUGGUGGUGGUGUCUGGAUGUCACCGCCCUGGGUCAAGAUGGGUCCUUUCACGCUACAGUUGGAGCAUGUUGCCACUAUGAGGUUCUUCACAUGGUUUAGUCCCUGCGUUUGGGGCGAAUAUGAUGGAUACUCGUGGGUUCGUCGCUUCUUGCACGGGACAUGGCUUGGUCGGACAAUGGUGCAUCGUCUUUGGGAGAAGAUUCGGAUGGACACCGUCAACUUCAACGGAUACAGGAAGAAUGAGUCAAUUUCCCAACUAGAACCCUACGAGAGUUUGUUUUGGUCUGCUCGAGUCGGCGUCCUCAACUAUCCAGGCAACAUUCACGACUACGUGACCUCGGGCCAGGUCCAAAUCAUCAAGAAAGAUAUCUCGCAUCUCUCCAAGAACGGAACGAUCAAUUUUGCCGACGAUACGACUUCCCAAACGGACGCUCUGAUAGCCAUCACCGGAUGGAAGCUCUCACCGAACAUCCAGUACAAGCCUGAUGGAAUCGAAGCGAGUCUCGGCAUUCCAACUGAGAACAUGAGCAGUGAGGAGCAAGAUUUCUGGACCCAUCUUGACAAAGAUGCCGAACAUGAAAUCCUACAGAAAUUUCCAUACCUGACUCGUCCACCCAAGAAUGUCAUACCCUACAAACAAAAGGUCUCUCCGUACCGCCUGUACCGUGGCAUGGCACCACCAGGUCUAACAUCACGAUCCGAUAAUUCCAUUGUCUUUAUUAAGAUGGUCCAUAGCACCGCCAACAUCAUCAUAGCAGAGACGCAAGCUCUCUGGGCAUACGCCUAUCUCAACAACAAGAUCCAAAUCAACAAGGACAGAGUCUAUAAGGAGACAGCACUUUCCAGUUGCUACGGCAGAUUGCGCUACCCCUGUGGAUUCUCAGCGUGGUAUCCUGAGUUUGUGUACGAUACUGUCCCCUUCUACUGCUGCAUUACCCGCAUUGUCUCUGCAUACUGUAAUGAGUGGUCUACAGUGAAACGGGCUUGUAUCUCCAAUCAAGGUUCACGUAGGAAUGUCGUCGGUGGCUCCUGGCCUGGAUUCAAGGCUGAGAACAAGCUUGAGACUACUGAGUCAGUAGCUAGACGCAAUGAUCUACUUUACAGCGCUACAGAUGACAUGACAGUCGGCACUGGUGCAACUGUUUAUAUCCUCGACUCCGGCAUCCGAAGUACGCACAAGAAGUUUGGUGGUCGAGCCGUGUGGGGAGCCAACUUCGUUAGUGGCUCUCCCGAUAGAGACGAGUUUGGCAACGGGACACAUGUUGCUGGCAUUGUGGGCGGCAAGACCUACGGCGUAGCUAAAGGCUGCAGCAUGUAUGCUGUCAAGGUGAUUGACAAGAACGGUAUGAACACCAUGUCCAAUGUCCUUCAAGGCCUGCAGUGGGCUGUCAAUCACGCCAAGUCCAAGGGCAUCACCAAGAAGAGCAUCAUUAAUGCAUCCCUUGGCGGACCCUAUACCAAGAUUGGGAACGAUGCUGUCAAGGCAGCCACUGAUCUCGGCAUCACUAUCGUGGUGGCAGCCGGCAACGAGGCGGAAGAUGCUGCCAACUACUCGCCUGCUUCUGCCCCGUCAGCUAUUACUGUCGGCGCUAUCGAUUCUUCUAAUUAUCGUACUUUGUGGUCGAAUUACGGCAAGGUGGUUGAUAUCUUUGCGCCAGGUAGUGACAUCCUCAGCGCGGGGCAUCUAAGCGACUCUGGCAGUGUGUACAGGUCAGGCACAAACAUGGCUGCGCCGCAUGUUGCCGGCCUUGCGGCGUAUUUCAUGGCAAAGGAGGGACUUCGGGGCUCUGUUGCCGUUACUAAACGCAUCAUCGGCGCUGCUUACACCACCUUUGUUGGAGAAGCUUUUGAUGGUCCUCAACAUGUUGCUUAUAAUGGUGGUGGCAAGUAG